AUGACCCAGUACGAUACGUCGCCAUGGCCGGUCAAAGAUAUUGUUUAUACGAGCGUCGUAGGCUCGGUAAUGAUUGCAGCUUUCCUCGAAUGGUUCCUUUGGCUUGCGGCAUUCAUAUAUUGCCUAGUUAAGGUUUACAGCAAAGCUGAACACUGGUCUGUAAAAGUCCUAGCCGUGGUCGUCGGUACCGUUUUCAGUCUCUUGAGGUGCAUAUUCCUACCCAUCAUGGUUGUCACCCUUCCGCUACCAAGCCAUAUAACUCAAUACUUCCCGCUUUCACUAGUCACCGUCCUUCAAUGGUUCGGCUUCUGGAGCUUUGCAGCUCUGCUGACGAUCCCUUGGCUCCUCUGCGUUUAUCAAAUUGUUACCAACUCCCUUGGUCGAACCAAGCGCAUAAAACAGGUCUUAGAUGAGCACUCGGCGCCAAAAGUGGUUAUUGUCAUGCCCUGUUACAAGGAAGAUCCCGAUACCCUGGUAACUGCAAUUGACUCCGUGGUGGACUGCGAUUAUCCUCCAUCUUGCAUCCACGUAUUUCUUUCAUUCGACGGUGAUCAAGAGGACGAAUUAUACCUCAAGACUAUCGAGAAACUGGGCGUGCCAUUAUCUCUUGAUACCUACCCCAAGAGUAUCGACGUAACAUACCGGACUGCCCGUAUCACAGUAUCCCGGUUUCCGCAUGGGGGGAAGAGGCACUGCCAGAAAGCUACUUUCAAGCUUAUCGACAAGGUCUAUACAGAGUAUCUGAAAAGAAAUGAUAACCUCUUCAUUCUCUUCAUUGACUCGGAUUGUAUCUUGGACCGCGUAUGCCUCCAGAAUUUCGUGUACGAUAUGGAACUCAGCCCGGGCAACUCCAGAGAUAUGUUGGCAAUGACCGGCGUCAUCACCUCGACGACCAAGAAACACAGUCUUAUUACCCUCCUUCAGGACAUGGAGUAUAUCCACGGUCAGCUUUUCGAGCGCACAGUUGAAUCCGGAUGCGGGGCUGUGACUUGCUUACCUGGAGCGCUCACGAUGCUUCGAUUUUCCGCCUUCAGAAGAAUGGCCAAGUACUACUUCGCUGAUAAAGCAGAGCAAUGUGAGGAUCUCUUCGAUUACGGAAAAUGCCAUUUAGGGGAGGAUAGAUGGCUUACUCAUCUAUUCAUGAUUGGUGCAAAGAAGCGCUAUCAGAUUCAAAUGUGCACUUCUGCUUUUUGCAAAACAGAAGCAGUCCAAACAUAUCGAUCCCUCAUCAAGCAGCGGCGACGAUGGUUCUUAGGCUUUAUCACAAAUGAAGUCUGUAUGUUGACGGAUAUUCGAAUUUGGAAGAGAUACCCAGUCUUAGCUGUGGUCAGAUUCAUGCAAAACACCAUUCGGACGACCGCACUCCUAUUUUUCAUAAUGAUAAUAUCCAUUAUCUCCACCUCAAAGAAAGUCCAGGAUCUUCCAGUUGGGUUUAUUGGGAUUUCGCUCGGACUUAACUGGGUCAUGAUGAUCUACUUUGGUGCAAAACUGAGGCGCUUCAAGAUCUGGUUAUAUCCCCUUAUGUUCAUUAUCAACCCCUUCUUCAAUUGGUACUAUAUGGUAUAUGGCAUCUUCACCGCCGGCCAGAGAACAUGGGGAGGCCCUCGAGCAGAUGCAGGUGCUGCUGACUCAAGCAUGACACCCCAGCAGGUUAUUGAGAAGGCUGUUGCCGAGGGAGAUGAGCUCAACGUUGUCCCAGAAACCUUCAAGCCGGCGGCCGAGGCUCAAAAGAAUCGUAUGGUCCGCACUGGUGUACCUCUAAUGCCUCCUGAGCAGAUCGAGGGCCGAUUCACGGCACCCGAGAGGCUUCCAGGUGGGUGGUACCAUCAGGACAAUGAAUCUAUUGGGAGUACGGAGUUUGGAGGUUUUGGCUCAUCUAGUCAGUGGCGACCUCCAGCACAUUCACGGGGCUCCUUCGAUAGUGGCUUCUCGCUACCGACCAACAACAGCUCAGUAUAUAUGCCUCGACGUGUGGAGAGCAUUAUGGGAGACGAAGAUAAAAAGAAGUAUGCAAUGGCUCAAGCGACCCAGAAGGCGGCAGGAGGCGCUUAUAUGAGCGGCCCUCCCCGAGGCAAGGUCUAUGAAAUUUCAGAAGCAGAUCCCAGGGAGGACUGGAAGGAUUCUGUUGAAUCGUUUGGGUCUUAUUACGACCGACCGGAAUUGCGGCAACGCGAUGCCAACUACAGCGAUGCAGAUGUUUAUAGCUCGCCAGAAGCUGGACCAUCAGCACAACCUUUAACUGCUCCUCAGGUGCCCCAGACGGCAUCCAAUAAUACAAAUCGAGGCAGUGGGGGAAGUCCGCUUGCCCGAGCCAAUACUUCCGGGGCCGAUUCAAACGAGAGUGCCAUAGAACUGGAGGAGCAGCCGCGGGUGGCUUCAUAUACGCAACACCUUCGCGGACAGUCUCAAUGGAGAUGA